CAUGUAGCCACAAAGAUAUAAAGAUACCGUCGACCCCGCACGCGUGAGUUUAUCUCAUCUCUCCGCGUCAAGAAACAAAUUACAACAAAAAGAUGGCGGCGCAAAUUGAAGUUGAACCUGAGUUGGAUGUUGGGAACGACACGGAGAGUAACUUUAGUGCUGAUAGUGAAACCGAGUCGACUGCCUCGAUUACAUCGAGCAUUUUCGAGAAUAAGUACUUUCAGGGGAGGACAUACGCCAAUCCCAAAUAUGGAAAGCAUUGGGCCCCCAACGAUGAGGCGCAACUCGAAGCCCUUGAUCUCAUCCAUCAUUGGUUGACAUUAAUGCUCGACGACAAACUCUUCCUUGCCCCUAUCGGCGAUAACCCUCAGAAAAUCCUCGACAUCGGCACAGGAACUGGCAUCUGGGCCAUAAACGUAGCAGACGAGUACCCAUCAGCCAGCGUUAUCGCUACAGAUAUCACUCCAACCCAACCAAGCUUCGUCCCUCCAAACGUUGAGUUUCAGAUCGAUGAUGCUCAACUCGAAUGGACAUUCGAACCCGAGUCUUUUGACUUUAUCCACAUUCGAUAUCUUCAGGGCACUAUUGCCGAUUGGGACAGGUUGUAUGGCCAGAUGUUCAAGGCUCUCAAGCCAGGUGGUUGGUUUCAGCACAUAGAGCCCGAUCUUCAAAUGCUUUCCCAGAACCCCGAGAUCAAAGUCGACGACGAGCAUAUCUUCACACGCUGGGCAAAAAUCUUCACCCAAGUCGGCGACACAAUCGGCUGCACAUUCGACUUCUCCAACGGCAAGCUCUCAACCCUCGCCAAAGACGCCGGCUUCGUAUCCGUAACUCCGCAAACGCACAGAAUCCCUGUUGGGCGCUGGCCAAAGGAUAAGAAAAAGAAAGAGCUCGGUACUUUUGUGGGAUUGUCGUUUAGCCAGGCGCUCGAUGGUUUUGUGAAAUUACCGCUUUGUGAGAUUCUUAAGUGGUCGCCCGAAGAGAUGCAGCUUUUUGCGGCGGAGAUGAGAAAGAUUCUUAUGAAUCCUAAGACGCAGGCUUAUGGUCAUGUGUUUAGUGUUUAUGGGCAGAAGCCUGAGAGGCCGAAGGAAAGCAGCCCGGCGGCGGAAUAGUGGUCUUGCUUGGAUACGUGGACUAUGCGAGAAAGGGAUACAAUGACUUAUGAAGUUUAUGCUGGUUUACUGAGAGACUGGUAUAGCGGUUUAACCUUGGUUUCGUGACAAGUGAUACAUUGGUUCUCCCCAGAAGGAAGCCUCAUCCAUUCUGUCUUGCAAGCGAGGACAGCAACUCCUUUAAGCUUAGUUCGGCCACAGAGAUUUGGGAAGUCUAGAGUAAGUCGGAAUUAGGUCACCACUGGACGCUUCAACUAUCAUCUCUUAAGUGAUCGGCUGAGUUCGACUCGUACAUGGCUCGGG